AUGGCAUCUGCUAUUUCCUUCAAGAUCUACAAGAAUGCUCUACUGCUCGCUGCCUUGCUAAGCACUGCAAAGGCGCAGCAGGUUGGCACCAAUACCGCUGAAGUCCAUCCGUCCUUGACCUGGCAGAAGUGCACCAGCGGAGGCAGCUGCACUUCGCAAUCUGGCAAAGUUGUCAUCGACGCGAAUUGGCGUUGGCUUCACUCCACCAGUGGAUACACCAACUGCUACAACGGCAAUACGUGGGAUACUUCAAUUUGCCCUGACGAUGUAACCUGCGCCACAAAUUGCGCCGUGGAAGGUGCCGACUACUCAGGAACGUACGGUGUGACCACCAGCGGUAGUUCUUUGCGACUGAACUUUGUCACCCAGGCAUCUCAGAAAAACAUUGGCUCUCGUCUUUACUUGAUGGAGGAUGACAGUUCCUAUGAAAUGUUCCAGCUGUUGAACCAGGAGUUCACAUUUGAUGUCGAUGUAUCCCACCUCCCUUGCGGUCUGAACGGUGCCCUUUACUUUGUGUCCAUGGACGCCGAUGGUGGUAUGGCGAAACACCCAGCCAACAAAGCCGGCGCCAAAUAUGGUACUGGUUAUUGUGACUCCCAGUGCCCGCGCGAUCUCAAGUUCAUCGACGGGGCCGCCAAUGUGGAAGGAUGGGAGCCAUCUUCCAAUGAUGUCAAUGCUGGCACUGGCAAGUACGGCUCGUGCUGUGCCGAAAUGGACAUUUGGGAAGCCAACUCGAUCUCAAAUGCUGUUACGCCUCAUCCAUGCGACACCCCGACUCAGGUCAAAUGUGAAGGUGAUGCUUGUGGUGGCACAUACAGUGCUGAACGUUAUGCUGGCACUUGCGAUCCAGAUGGGUGUGACUUCAACCCGUACCGAAUGGGUAACCAGUCUUUCUACGGCCCGAGCAAGAUUGUCGACACUACUUCUCCCUUCACGGUGGUGACUCAGUUCAUCACCAACGACGGCACAUCCUCAGGCACCCUCUCAGAAAUCAAGCGCCUCUACGUGCAAAAUGGAAAGGUCAUUUCGCAGUCAUCGUCUACCAUCAGUGGUGUGACUGGCAACUCCAUCACCGAUUCCUUCUGCUCUGCCCAGAAGACCGCAUUCAAAGAUACCGACGUUUUCAGCAAACACGGAGGUCUUGCAGGCAUGGGCGCCGGACUUGCCGAAGGCAUGGUUCUUGUGAUGAGCCUUUGGGAUGAUCACGCGGCCAACAUGCUCUGGCUCGAUAGCACCUACCCAACUACUGCCUCGUCUACCACUCCGGGUGCUGCUCGCGGUUCUUGUGACAUCUCCUCUGGUGAACCCACUGAUGUGGAGGAGAAUAACGCAAACUCCUAUGUGAUCUACUCCAAUAUCAAGGUCGGUCCCAUCGGCUCGACCUACAACUCAGGUAGCUCUGGCUCGGGAACCACUACCACCGCAAAGACCACCAGUACUACCACCACAAAGACAACCAGUACUACCACAAAGGCUACCAGUACAACUACCACAGCAGGAUCGAGCACCACUGGGGCUGCUCACUUUGCGCAGUGCGGUGGAAAUGGAUGGACUGGCGCGACUACUUGCGCCAGCCCCUACACCUGUCAGAAGCAGAACGAUUGGUACUCUCAGUGCUUGUAG